AUGGCUACCCCUAGUGUCCUCGCUUUUGACGCUGAGGGUCGGGCCAUUGACUUUGAUGUCUGGAUAGAUGACCUGCAGCUUUUCCUACAGUGCGAUAGGGCAGACGGUCUCUCCCUCUUUGACCUCACCCCUGGUGCCUCUCCUGCCCCUGCUGCUGAUGCUAACGCCACUGUUCGCUCACAGUGGGCCACACACGAUGCUGCUGCACGUCAUGCUGUGCGUCGCCACCUGCCUACCUCUGAGCGUGCGCACUUUAGCCAGUACAAGAGUGCUCAGACCUUGUACGACGCUGUAGUUGCACGCUACUCCUCCCCUGCCACUGCUGCACUGAGCCGCCUCAUGCUACCGUACCUCUUCCCUGACCUUGCUGGGUUUCCCACAAUCGCUGACCUCAUUACACACCUUCGCACUUGUGACACUCGCUACCGCGCUGCGCUUCCUGCUGAGUUCUGUGCCAAGAACCCCCCCCCCAUGUACAUCACUCUCUACUACAUAGUCACCCGCCUCCCUGACUCCCUUCGCGUAGUCAGGGACCACUUCCUCUCGGUUUGCCCCACCACCCUCACCGUUGACCUCCUCAAGAAGGCCCUCCUAGCAGCGGAGAAGAGCAUAGUCGCUGUAGGAGCCUCUCGUGGUGACCCUCGCACCCCCAUCUUUGAGGGGUGUCCCCCCUCCCCCCUUUUGCCCUCUGUUGCCUCUGCUGCUGCGGCCGACCUCGUUGGGCUUGAGUCGGUCGGUGCGGCGUCUACCCCUAGCGGGAGACGCCGCCCUGGCAAGGGAAAGGGGGGCAGGGGCGCUGGAGGAGCUAGCGGGGGCGGUGGAGGCGGCGGUGGAGGCGGCGGAGGGAGUGGCGGUGGCGGUGGGGGUGGUGGCGGGGGUGGAGGUGUCGGUGGCGGCAGUGGAGGCGGAGGCGGCGGCGGUGGCGGUGGGAGCGGAGGUGGUGGCGGAGGUGGCAGCGGUGGAGAUGGCGGUGGCGGAGGAGGUGGAGCUGGUCGGGGUGGCGCUGCGCAGAGGGUCGGCUCAGGUGGUGGUCAGCGCCAGCAGCAGCAGCAGCAGCAGCGCACUCGUGACAUCCCCUCCCCUCAGCAGCUCCGUGAGUGGUACGCUGCACGCCAGCGGGGUGGGGGUACUGGUCCGUGCACCUACGUCCUACGCACCGGCGACCGCGCGGGUGAGCAGUGCGGGGGUGCGCACUCCACCCAGCGCUGCUUUGGCCGCCUGACGGACGCUUGGCGUCACCAGUUCCCGGAGGCCACGGAGAUCCCCCGCUGGGGUGAGCUAUCUAGGGCGGGAGUAGCUGUCUUUGACCUUGACUUUGAUGCUAUUCUUGCUGCCAUAUAUGCUGUGACUAUUAGUGAUGAGGGUGACUGUUACCUAUGUUUUCCGCCCGACCCGGGCAUUGAGACUGCCGGUCUAGGUACUGGUGAGGCUGCUGCUCUAGGUGCUAGCAAGGCUGCUGCUCUAGGUGCUCGUGCGUCUGCUCCCUCAAGUGCUGGUGAGUCUGCUCUCUCAGUUGCAGCCUCUCUUGCAGACCCCUCUGGGGGUCCUGUCCUUGCUAACUACUCCACUGUCCUCCCGUGUCCGGCGGCCCCCUCUGGCACCCUGUCUGGUCUUUACCUCCCCUCGUUCUCUACGAACUUGGUGAGUGGUGCUGACCUACAGGAUGCGGGGGUUCACCAGUUCACUCCUGCGCGUCAGCGGGUAGCUGCGUCGGGUCAGGUGUUUGCUGCAGCAUCCAGGUCUGAUCCUGAGUCUGCCCCCUGCUCGUGUCGCCUCCUGUCUAACGAGACUCUCCUCUGGCACCACCGCCUUGGUCACCCCUCCCUGCUUUGUCCUCGAGGCAUGGCCUCCCGUGUCCUUGUCUCUGGUCUUCCCCGGUCCCUCCCUCCCCUUCCUCCUGGGCCUGGCCCUACCUGCGUCCCCUGUGUCGAGAGGCGGCAGCGGGCUGCCCCUCACUCCUCCCAGUUUCCUCCGACAGAGGCCCCGCUGCAGACGCUUCACAUGGACGUGUGGGGCCCGGCCCGCGUCCGUGGACAGGGUCACGAGCACUACUUCCUGCUGGUGGUUGACGACUACUCGCGUUACACCACAGUCUUCCCCUUGCGCAGCAAGGGUGAUGUCACUGGGACCUUCACGCUUCCGGACUCUCCACAGCAAAAUGGGAUUGCUGAGCGCCGCAUUGGCAUGGUCAUGGAUGUCGCUCGUACGUCCAUGAUGCAUGCGGCUGCCCCCCAUUUUCUGUGGCCGUUUGCAUUUCGGUACGCGGCGCAUCAGAUCAACCUUCACCCCAGGGUCUCCAUGCCGGACACCUCCCCAGCUUUGCUGUGGACGGGGAAGGUUGGCGAUGCGUUUGUGUUCCGUGUCCGGGGAUCUCGGGCGGUGGCAUUUCUACCACCCCACCUCUCGCCGUGUUCUGUCCUCCAGGACGUCACGUUUGACGAGUCGGUCCCCUACUACCGCCUCUUCCCCUACCGCACUCCGUCCCUCCCCCCGCCACCGCUCAUCCUUGUACCAGGUCCCCCCCCGGUAGACCCCCUCCCCCCUCAGGGUCCUGCCCCUUCAGGUGUGUCCCAGGUAGACGCAGUCGAGCCUAUCGAGGUUACUGGUGACUCUGGUGUUGCUGAGGGUGCUGAGCCUGGGGUGCUGCGACUGGGGGUGGUGAGCCUUGGGGUGCUGAGCCCGGGGGUGCUGCGACUGGGGGUGCUGAGCCUUUGGGUGCUUAGCCUGGGGGUGCUACGCCUGGGGGUCCUGAGCCUAGGGGUGCUACGCCUGGGGGUGCUGUGCUUGGAGGUGCGGAGCUUAAGGGAGUUGGGCCUACUCGUGUGGCGUCCGGCGGUGCUAGGCCUGGCAGUUCUCCCGGUGCUUCGUCUUGAAGGGAGCCCCUCUCUCCACAGGAGCUGCGUGAGUGGUUUGCCCGGCGCUGGAGGCGUGCUGCUGGAGCUGGGGGUUCUCCGGCUGCUGAGAGUGCUGGUGCCGGCGGGUCCCGGAGGUGCUCGUGCUGGGAGUAGUGGAGCUGCUGGGCCUGCGGGUGCGACUGGAGCUGGAGCUGCUGAGGGUGUUGGCGCUGAGGCUACUGCUCUCGGUCCUGGAGGCGGUCCUGCUGGGGGUACUACUGGUGCUGCUGGGGGUACUGAAGCUGGAGGUGCUCCUGGCGCUGGUGCUGCCGCUGGGGGUGCUGGUGCUGUCCCUGCUGUUUCUGGAGUCGCCGCGCGGCCUCGGCCGUACUUCGUUCCGCUCCUUCAGCAGGUUCUUAGUCUCCCGCCUUCUACUGGUCCUCCUCCUCCCUUAGAGUGUCUACAGCCUGUCCUGUCACAGUUACAGUUACAGCCGUCCUCCCCACUGCCUGCUCCUUCUCCCUACACUGGUCCUACUGGAGGUCUUGCUGAGCGUCGUGAGCCUGCGUCUCGCCCUGCGUCGCCUGUCCGUGCUGCUUGCACUGGUGGUCGUGGUUCGCGUCAGCGUCCUCCUCCUGUCCCUGGCACGCACCGGAUGUCUCUACGUCCGUCCACUGCUCCUCUGCGUGCCCCUUUGCCUUCUCCUCCUGAGUCCUCGCUUCCUGCUCUUGCCGACCCGGAGUUGGACUCUCUUCGUGCUGCCAGUCCUACAGUCACGCGUCUCCUUGCUACUGUCGUCACUGGCCCUUCCUUUGAGUCCACUACUGCGUCUGCCCUAGUUGCUGAGCUCGUCGACUUCGCUGCUCGCUGCUAG